AUGAAUGAUCUAUGUGCUGCUGGUAAGGCUAAAUCUGAUGCUGUCGAAAAAUCCUUAGAACAAAACAAUAAAUAUAUGAAGGAGCAACUGGAUGGAUUCAGGAACUUCAUUGAUACCAAGGAAAAACGUACUAAUGAGCAGAUCUCGGCAUUGACCCAGAAAAUAUCGGCCCUGGAAUCUAAACUCACUGAUCUUGCAAAGAAUCCGGUCUCUAAAGCCUUGGAGGAGAGAGUAAAUUUACUUGAAGCGAACUCUGAGGCUGGAAUCGCCUAUUUCCUGCAAAAAGAGGUUCAGGCUUUGAAGAAGCAAUUGGAGGCCCACGAAAAGUCCAACAGAGCUAAAAAUAUAUCAUUGAGAGGUGUCGACCUGAGCUCUUCAACUCCCAAGGAAGCUGUCAACAACUUUUUGUCCACGUAUUUCGAGCUCCACAACGUCGUACAGGAUGUCAGAGCGGUGGGUAACGCCAAAAAACUUCUUAUUGUGGUUCUAACCUCACUAGAGGUGCGUAACAGCGUUAUGAAAAACAAAUACAAACUGGGUAACAGUCAAGUCAAACAAGUCUUCAUUGAUCCUGAUCUUACUCCUAAAGAGCAAGAGAUUUAUCGCGAAGUGAGACUUCUUGCUGUCUGCCAAGAACCAGGAAAAAAGAGUCAAGAUCAGGAAGCCACCUACGGAUCCAGUGUCAGCGAAAUCAGGACCUUCUCAGUGGAUCGUACUGAUGUUAGAGGUGAGCAACUGAUGUCUUUUAUGAUUGAUAAUGAUUUUAUUUUGCUCAAUGGAAGAACCCUAUCUGACACCCCUGCUAAAUUCACCAGCAAUAGGAGCUCCAACACGUUUGACCUCAUAUGGGUAAGCGUAGACAAAAUUGAUCACGUCUUGGAUCUGGAGGUCUCCUCGGACCUAUUAGGUUCCAACCAUCUUCCAGUCUCCCUAGCCUUGCUGGAUGUCGUGGAGGUAUUGGCUCCAAUUCCAUCUGUACCCGAUAGCCAUCCCUCGGAUCGUCGUGAGGGUGAGUCCGGUGCAACCCUACUAUGGAAGCCCUCCCUAGCUGCUGAAUACUCAGCCCGUCUGAGCUCCUCAUCCAGUGCCCUGAAGAACCCACUUGGCCUUACGAUGAUUGAAAAAAAUGACAACAUCCUGGAAGGUAUCGAGGAGGUCGCAUUAGAGAUUUCAAUGGUCAGACCACCAAAAAAAUCACUCAAGUCCAGAUCAGCACAGCCGGGUCCGAGGUGGUUCGACAGUGAUUGUCACUCCACUAAGAAAAUGAUCUCAAAAAAAUUUAAAAAACUAUAUUCUCCCCAUCCUGAUAUGAGGAUUGCUGUGGAAUUUAAGAAGCUGAAUAAAUUCUUCCAGAAAAUGAUCAGGAAAAAAAAGAAAUCAUCCAGGAAAACAAUUAUUGACGGCUUCACUAAUGUUAAAAAUAACAUAGGGUUCUGGGUUACAGUGAAGAAUGCCAAAGGUUGGUCACCUAGGAUAGAUCACAUAUCAAUUGUUGGAUGGAAUAACUUUCUUUCACGGAUAUACCUGCCUAGGAGUUCCACUCCCCUAGUCAUGGCCCCAGUCAUAAAUGAUGCUAUGGACGGUGUUAUCUCCAGGGUGGAGUUGAACAAGAGCUUAAAAAAUAUCAAGUUGGGAAAGGCGCCAGGUGAUGACUCCAUUUCCAACGGUUUCUACAAAUCCCUUCCGGACAACUGGAGAUCUCAGAUGCUCAACCUUUUCAACGACAUCUUCUCUUCUGGGCGUGUUCCAGAGUCCUGGGGAACCAUCAACCUAUGCAUGCUAUUCAAGAACGGAGAUCGCACGGAUCCCCUGAAUUAUAGAGGAAUAGCUCUCAUUAAUACCAUCACCAAGAUCUUCACAUCGAUUCUGAAUGACCGCAUCUCCGUCUGGGCCGAGCACAAUAGGAUUAUCCCUGAAGAGCAGGCUGGGUUUCGUCGGAAUAGAGGGACCAUGGACAACGUCUUCACUCUUCUUUCUAUACUGCAGAACAGACUGAGACAAGUGGGGGGCAGAGUCUAUUCGCUUUUCGUGGACUUUCAAAGAGCUUUCGACUCUGUUCCCCAUCAUUUGUUGUGGCCCAAGUUACAGAGGAUUGGAGUCAGCUCACGCAUGGUGGCCGUCAUUAAGGACUUGUAUGAUCACGCUUCCAUACAGAUAAAAACCAGCGAAGGUUCUUCGGACCGCUUUGACGUGAGUGAAGGUGUCCUACAGGGGGAGAAGUUGAGCCCUCUUCUGUUCAACCUCUACCUCUCUGACAUAGAAUCCUUUUUUCGAAGUAAUGGGGCUAGAGGAGUCGACAUUGGCGGUAUGAGAGACGUGAUCCUUCUUUUAUACGCUGACGACCUCAUAAUUCUGGCGUUCAGCUCGAUCGACUUAAAACGUAAAUUGAGGAUUCUAGAGGACUACUGUAAAAUUAAUGGUCUAACGGUCAAUAUAAGCAAAACUAAGGUCAUGAUCUUCAGGAAAGGAGGUCGGUUACCGUCCAAAAACCACGANUCUCCGUCUGGGCCGAGCACAAUAGGAUUAUCCCUGAAGAGCAGGCUGGGUUUCGUCGGAAUAGAGGGACCAUGGACAACGUCUUCACUCUUCUUUCUAUACUGCAGAACAGACUGA